AUGUCAAUUAUUGCAGAGGUACGCAGAACCAACGGCACUGUUGGUAUGGAAGCGCCUCGAUCUCCUGUUAGCAUCUCAACGGAUUCUAGUAGGAAGAACUCAUUGAGGCCAAUUCUCCCAGACAAGCACUCAGACCCUCCAACUACAGUUUCACCUCCAGCUUACGAUCGUUUGUCGAGAAAACGAGCGGCAUCACUCGAUACUGAGAGUGCAAAUCAUCCACGAAUCGGAGAUCUUGCAUUGAAUAGUGCGAGCACAAGCAAUAGCACCUCAGGCCCUUCCCUCAUUUCUGAUACGGCGGUCACAGAACAAGUCUGCCUUUGUCAAGCAGACCCAAAGAUACCACGACCUCGAAACGCAUUUAUCCUUUACCGUCAACAUUACCAGGCACAAGCCGUCGCCCAGCAUCCCGGACUUGCAAAUCCUGAGAUAUCAAAGAUUAUUGGCGAACAGUGGCGAGAGCAGGCUCCAAAUGUAAAAGAGGAAUGGAAAAGACUUGCCGAAGAAGAGAAACAACGUCACCAAAGACAAUAUCCCAAUUAUCGUUACCAGCCACGAAGAGCAGGGAAAACGAUUGGCAAUCGUCCACCAACUUCAACAUCGGACGAUCCUACCCGUUGUCCGAGAUGUAACGGUCGCUACAUCUCAACGCCAAGUACGCCGUUGACACCAUUUACGCCGGCCUUUGGGGCUCCAGUUUUACGCAGCGAUAGACUCCUGCCACCAUUCAGCUCAAAUACCCAGUCUCAGCAGUCCCAACACCAGUCCCAGCUCAGUGGGCUCGAAAGACCACGAUACCUAGCCCAAAUGCCCGGCAGCGGCAGAGUAGAUUCCCCACGUAUAGGUCCACCUCCCCAACAACCGGUUAGGCGGCAUCCAUACCCCCAACCACUCCAUACCCAUCAUGAACACGAUCAAGACGUGGAGAUGCAAUCUCCCACCCCCGAUUUCAAGCGUCGACGUUUCACCAAUGAUCCGAGGGCCUAUCCGCAAGCAUCUCCAAUGACAUAUUCCAACCCCCAGCAAGCCUUUUCCCGCAACCAACAAAUUCCCAUGUCUGCGGGUCCCUUCCGGAAUCCUCCUCAGCCUCUCCCGGCUUCAAGACCUGGUGCAAUGGGUCCUCAAUCGGCCCCUCUGCGGUCCACUCAUAUGCAACAGAGCAUGACACCCAUCUACCGCAACCACACACCCACAUUCGACGAAUCCCUGCGUCUGCCUCCUCUCCAAACCCGGCUUCCUACUCCCUCUUCCACCCAUCGUCCACCAGCCGAUCGCGAUAUCCGACACGAAAGCAGAGAUUCCCAAGCUCGCAGUAUUGAAGCUAUGGUGAUGACGAUUCCGUAUAUGAAUAAAUUAACGGUGCUUUCGAAGAUUUCUCCACCGUUGGCGGCACCGGGCCCUACGAGUCCAGCGCAGGAUAUUCGGGGGGCGCUUAUUGCGGUCGAGGGGGUCGAGAAGGGGUUAAUUAGGGAGGUUGGGGAUUUUAUUCGGGGGCAUCUGGAAAAAGAUGCUAGUUGUGUAGUCCGGAGUUGGAUUACAGAGUCGGGUCCUAGUCAGGACUCUAGGGAAAUUGGGACGGCGGAUAUGGAUGUAGAUACCGAGAUGCGGGACGUCUCGGCGGUGAAAGAUAGUGGGAAAGAAAAGAGCAGGGAGAAGGAUGAGAAUAAACAUGAGACGGUGAUGGAUAUAAAAGCUCUCAAAGAGAAAGAAGAAUCGGCAGAUCCAUUCAUCGAGUACCUAUCCACCAUCUCCCAGUGGCACCGCAACUCUCGUCAAAUAGCCAAAUUUAUCACCACCGUCCCGCCGUCUUCUCCUCGUAGAGAAACUUCUACGACUUCCUCAAACCCCCAUUCUUCGGAAGCUUCGCAAUCGUCUACCCCUCAUAAGAAAACACCCAUUGCCCUCAUCCCCCAUGGGUACUCCCUCACAUUGUCAGAUGCAUAUUCGUUAAAAUUACCCAUAAACGAUAGUUACGCACCAGUCGAUCAUUGGCAAUGGAUGGCUACACUAUGGCGAGGAAUCAUAGGUGCAGAUCUCACCGUUUUCGUAAAAGGCGUAGGUAGAGAAGAAAUGGAAAGAUGUGGAGGCGUAGAGUGGUCUGUUGGGGGAGGAGGCAGGGGAAUAGUAGUGAGGGUAUUAAUCUCUGAAAAGGGGGAUCGUGAAGGUAGUCUAGCGAGUUUAGGGGAAAUCAGCGCGGGGCUGAGGAAAGGAAGUGCGAGUACAGUGGGGAGUGCGGGCGCCGAGAGGGAAAAAGAUGCGGGUGGUGGGAUUGGGUUUGGGGGUGGUGUUGGUGGCAGUGGCAGGGAGAAAAUUAAAGGGAAGAUGGAUGAGAAAACGAGGAGACGGCUGGGUUUUGAAGUGGGUGAGUGGGUUCGUGGUAUUGAUGGGGGGUGGGGACGGAGUUAG